ACGACCCUGCACCCUAGAGGCCUCCAGAUGCAAAGAAGCUAAUCCUAUCCAACGAUCUGUGACCAGACGUCGGCGCCACCGUCCACGCCUCUUGCCCUCCCGCUCCCGGCAUCCAUCUUGCUUGCGUCGUCCCAAUCGCCGACGUGCCUCCUCUCCAGCCGUAUUUGGCAUCAAGGUCGCUUUGGCCGGCGUCUUCUCCAACCUCGCAUCGUGCCGCCCGGUAGGUGUCCUCUGCUCCCACCACUUCUCCCCGGUGCGCCGGCACCUGCGUCCUCCUCCUCUUUGCCUCCACUGGCGUUCUGGCUCAGGCCUCAGGUGCAUAGACCUUUGGAAGGCUCUGAAUUUGAGUUGCCGCAAAUUGCUAUCGGGUGGUUUGGAUUACCCGAAACCUGCAUAUUUUUCCGGAUAGUUUCGGGUUUGAGUUUUGAAAACCCGAAUUUUUAGAAACCCGAAUAAUCCGACCUAAUUUUUUUGGAUUAUCCGAAUGCCCACCCAUACCUGCCGCCUAUGGAGAAGCCGAUGAGAUAGAACUUGGGCUCCUGCUUCGACACAAAUCAGGUCGCCACCCCUUCUUCCCGCACCGAUUCCGGACGCCACAGGUGUAUCAUCGGGGCAAAAUAAGAAGUAAAAUGGAUUCCUCUCGUCGUCCUCUUUCUUUCUCGCCAAAUUUCAUGUCCUCUCGUGCCCUAAAUCGCCAGCAAUUGCAAGAAACUCCCAUCCGCCAGCCAUGGAACUUUUAGAGAUGAACUUUUUUCCUCCUCAUAUUUAUUUGGGAAGUUGGUAAAUAAUAAGAUUUAGGGAGAAAAAAUAGAAAUUACUGGAGAUGGUUUCUAUAACGCUGAGGCCGGCUUUUCCGUUCUUUCCGUUCUUGGCAAGAAGGCACUGAGCCCAUAGGAGAAAGAUGAGAAGAUCCAAACGAUGGGCUGGGCUCUCAGUACGUCGGUUAAAAAAGAGAUACGAAUCGAAACUCCACAGCGCCUCGGAAUAUCGCGAUAACUCGCAAUUUCACUUUUGCACAGCCCGUUCUAUCGUUCUCCACUCGCCGUGCCGCGCCUCUCCGCUCUUCGCCUCUUCCCUCCUCUCCCAAAUCCCAAACCUCUCGCGCCCGCUCCGCCGCCGAGCAAAACCCUAGCCGCUCCUCGCCUCCGCCGCGAUGGACGACAGCCUCUACGACGAGUUCGGCAACUACAUCGGCCCGGAGCUCGCCGACUCGGACGCCGACGAUGACUCGGAUGCCGGCGGCGCCUCCCCGUCCCCCGCCGCGUCGCGCUCGCCGUCCCCCGCCGCGCGCUCCCCGUCGGGAUCCCCCUCCCGCCCGGCCGCGCUCAUGGACGUCGACGACGACGAGGACGGCGACCCGUCGCAGCAGGCCGUGGUGCUCGCCGAGGACAAGAAGUACUACCCCACCGCCGAGGAGGUGUACGGGCCGGGCGUGGAGGCGCUCGUCAUGGACGAGGACGAGCAGCCGCUGGAGCAGCCCAUCGUCGCGCCGCCCCGCGUCGUGAAGUUCGAGGUCGGGACCCGCGCCGCCGCCACGUCCACCUACGCGUCCACCGACUUCCUCCUGGGGCUCGCGGGGAACCCCGCGCUGGUGCGCAACGUCGCCCUCGUCGGCCACCUCCAGCACGGGAAGACGGUGUUCGUGGACAUGCUCGUUGAGCAGACGCACGAGGUGGACACGUUCGACUCCGAGGGGGAGCGCCACGUGAGGUUCACAGACACUAGGGUGGACGAGCAGGAGCGGCAGGUCUCCAUCAAGGCUGUGCCAAUGUCGCUCGUGCUCGAGGGGGGAAAUGGCAAGUCAUACCUGUGCAAUAUCAUGGACACGCCAGGGCAUGUGAACUUCUCUGAUGAGAUGACUGCGGCACUGCGGCUUGCGGAUGGGGCUGUGCUUGUUGUUGAUGCUGCUGAGGGAGUAAUGGUUAAUACUGAGAGGGCAAUUCGUCAUGCAAUCCAAGAAAGGCUUCCCAUUGUUGUUGUGAUUAACAAGGUUGACCGAUUGAUAACAGAGCUAAAGCUGCCUCCAAAUGAUGCAUAUUUCAAGUUGCGGCAUACUCUGGAGGCAAUUAAUGAUCUUAUCUCAUCAUAUUCUACUACAGUAGGUGGCACUCAGCUGGUGGAUCCUGCUGCUGGAAAUGUAUGUUUUGCAAGUGGUGCUGCUGGCUGGUCUUUUACCUUACAAUCUUUUGCCCAUCUUUAUUUAAAGAUUCAUGGGAUUCAAUUUGAUCAUGAGAAAUUUGCAUCGCGCCUAUGGGGAGACUUGUAUUUUCACCCUGAUUCGAGAACCUUCAAAAAGAAGCCGCCAAAGGAAGGAGCUAAUAGAUCAUUUGUUGAGUUUAUCCUUGAGCCUCUGUACAAAAUCUAUAGUCUGGUUGUUGGUGAGCAGAAGGGGAAUGUUGAAUCAAAGCUUGCUGAGUUGGGCGUCACGCUGAGCAAUGCAGCUUAUAAGCUGAAUGUUAGGCCUUUGCUGAGGUUAGCUUGCCGCUCAAUUUUUGGCACUGCUACUGGUUUUACGGAUAUGUUAGUGAAGCAUAUACCCUCUGUGAAGGAUGCUGCUGCAAGGAAGAUAGACCACAUAUACACUGGCCCGCAAGAUUCCUCUAUUGUGGAUGCUAUGAAUAAAUGUGAUCCCAAUGGACCUCUUAUGGUUAAUGUAACAAAAUUAUAUCCCAAGUCUGACUGCAGCGUCUUUGAUGCCUUCGGGCGAGUUUAUAGUGGCACGAUACAGACAGGACAGACUGUGAGGGUCCUUGGAGAAGGUUAUUCUCCAGAUGAUGAAGAGGAUAUGACUGUUAAAGAGGUGACCAAAUUGUGGGUUUAUCAAGCACGGUACCGUGUUGCGAUUAGUAAAGCACCUGCUGGUUCUUGGGUUCUUAUUGAAGGUGUAGAUGCAUCAAUCAUGAAAACUGCCACAAUAUGUCCUAUGAACAUUGAUGAAGAUGUGUACAUAUUUAGACCUCUACGGUUCAAUACCUUGCCUGUUGUAAAAAUAGCAGCUGAGCCUCUUAACCCAAGUGAGCUUCCUAAGAUGGUGGAAGGUCUUCGUAAAAUCAGCAAGAGCUAUCCUCUUGCUAUUACUAAGGUAGAAGAGUCUGGAGAGCACACUAUACUGGGGACUGGUGAGCUAUAUCUGGAUUCUAUAAUGAAGGACCUCAGAGAGCUUUAUUCAGAGGUUGAGGUGAAGGUAGCAGAUCCUGUUGUUACAUUUUGUGAAACAGUUGUUGAUACUUCUUCGAUGAAAUGUUUUGCUGAAACACCUAACAAGAGGAACAAAAUUACUAUGGUUGCUGAACCACUAGAGAAGGGCUUGGCAGAAGAUAUUGAGAAUGGCCUUGUUAACCUUGAUUUCAGACAGAAAGAAAUCACUGACUUCUUUCGCCAGCGCUACCAGUGGGAUGUACUUGCAGCAAGGUCAAUAUGGGCUUUUGGACCUGACAAGCAGGGUCCUAACAUUCUUCUGGAUGACACACUUUCAGUUGAAGUGGACAAGAACUUGCUCAAUGCAAUCAAUGAUUCAAUUGUUCAAGGGUUUCAGUGGGGUGCUAGAGAAGGUCCUUUGUGUGAUGAGCCAAUUAGAAAUGUGAAAUUCAAGAUCUUACAUGCAAACAUAGCUCCAGAACCAUUGCACCGUGGUGGAGGUCAGAUAAUUCCCACAGCACGUCGUGUUGUUUAUUCUGCAUUCCUUAUGGCUAAUCCUCGCCUUAUGGAACCUGUGUAUUAUGUUGAGAUCCAAACACCAAUUGACUGUGUCUCUGCUAUUUAUACGGUGCUAUCUCGCCGACGUGGUCAUGUAACAGCUGAUGUACCCAAGCCAGGCACUCCUAUAUACAUUGUCAAGGCAUUUUUACCUGUUAUAGAGUCUUUUGGAUUUGAGACAGAUCUCAGAUACCAUACACAGGGGCAAGCAUUUUGUGUGUCAGUAUUCGAUCACUGGGCUAUUGUUCCUGGUGAUCCUUUAGACAAGAGUAUUGUCCUCCGCCCUCUGGAACCAGCACCAAUACAGCACCUUGCCCGUGAGUUCAUGGUAAAGACCAGGCGAAGGAAGGGCAUGAGUGAGGAUGUGAGCAUCAGUAAAUUCUUCGACGAGGCCAUGAUGCAUGAGCUUGCUCAACAGGCUGCUGAUCUCCAUAUUCAGAUGUAGUUCAAAAGCGACAUGAGAUGUGCUUGGUUGACCAAACUGGAUCCAAGAUGGUCACACCUGAGAAGACGCAAAUGAGUCCUUGGCAUUUUUACUGCAGAUGGGAAGCUAGAAUCGCCCGGCUCAUCGGAAGUUCCAAUCGCACCUCCAUAUGCUGUCAUUUGACUGCGUGUGUUGUGCCUGGAUUGUUGUUUGAUAUCAUGUAGGGACUAGGGAGUGACCAUUGUAGGAUUGGGUACCAUGACCAAUUGUGUAUGUACGGUUUCUGUUGCAUCUACAUCAUCCAACGAACUAGCGCGACCCGUUGAGGGUUAAGAGAUUUUUUUGUUUACUGUCUUAACUCUGAGCGGCAAUGACAUCUUCGGGUAUGUAGACAUGUAGAGCCUGAGAUUUUGACUGGCUUGAUCUCUUGUCAUUUUCCUGCUGCGUUUCUUGAAAUCGUUACUCAAGUAUAAAUGCAUGGUUUUGAAAAGGUGCCAUUUUAUA